AUGCUGACCACCGGCGACGGCGACGCGCUGGGCGUGGACGACCGCGAGGGGGUGACCGACGGCGUGUUCGAUGGCGACUGCGUGGUGGAAGGCGAUGGCGUGUUGGACGGCGACGUCGUGGCCGAGUUGGUCGGCGACGGCGUGUUGGAAGGCGACGGCGUGUUGGACGGCGAUGGCGUGUUGGACGGCGACGGUGUGCUGGACGGCGAUGGCGUGUUGGACGGCGAUGGCGUGUUGGACGGCGAUGGCGUGUUGGACGGCGAUGGGGUGGGCGAAUUCGUGGACGAGGGCGACGGCGUAUUGGAGGGCGAUGGCGACGGCGUGUUGGACGGCGACGGCGUGUUGGAGGGCGAUGGCGUGUUGGACGGCGACGGCGUGUUGGACGGCGAUGAGGUGGGCGAAUUCGUGGACGAGGGCGACGGCGUAUUGGACGGCGAGGGCGUAUUGGAGGGCGACGGCGUGUUGGACGGCGACGGCGUGUUGGACGGCGACGGCGUGUUGGACGGCGACGGCGUGUUGACGGCGACGGCGUGUUGGACGGCGACGGCGUGUUGGAGGGCGACGGCGUGUUGGACGGCGACGGCGUUGGCGAAUUCGCGACGGCGUCUCGGAGGGCGAUGGCGUGUUCGAUGGUGA